UAUUAGGGAUAAUUCAUCCAACCUUAAAGUCGUGUUAUGUUAACAAAAGUCCGUGCACGCGUGCGGCAAUGUACGCUUUUUAGGUUUCACUUUCAUUUCAUAACGCGACAGUGGAGCACUUUUUUAUUGCUGAGGGGAGAAAACACUUUGUUGUGGAUUUAGAGGAACACUGGAAACAAGAGGAGAGGACAGAAGGAUGGACAGAAGCCAGAGGACAGAGGGAUGAGCAGAGGACAGAAGGAUGGACAGAAGCCAGAGGACAGAGGGAUGGACAGAGGACAGAGUACAGAGGGAUGAGCAGAGGACAAGCGCUGAUACACACACCCUUGAGGUGUGUUUCUGUGAGUCUUCAGCUCAGCAGGAUGUCCUGUGUGCCCAAAGUGAGACUGUCCGGUGGUUUGGAGAUCUGCCGGAUCUUGAACGGGAUGUGGCAGGUGUCCGGAGUACACGGGCCUGUGGACAAAGACAAAGCAGUUGAGGCCAUGCAGGACUAUGUUGACGCUGGUCUCACCACAUUUGAUAUGGCUGACAUUUACGGUCCGGCAGAGGAAAUAUUUGGACAGUUUAAUAACCAGCUUCGGUCCAGAACUCCUGCGAGUGAUGUCCCGGCUCUUCAGGGUCUGACCAAGUGGGUGUUAAGACCAGGACCAGUGGAUCGAAAGCUGGUGGCGAAGGCAGUGCAGCGCUCCAUGACGCGCAUGCAGGUGGACACUCUGGACUGUGUUCAGUUCCACUGGUGGGACUACAGAGACACCAGGUACCUGGACGCACUGGGACACCUGUCAGACCUGCAGCAGGAUGGAGUCAUACGAGAACUCGCUCUCACGAACUUUGACACACAGCGGCUGGAGGAAAUCAUCAGCAAGGGAAUCCGCAUCUCUAGCAACCAGGUUCAGUACUCUGUGAUUGACCAGCGACCGGCGGCGAGGAUGGAGGCAUUCUGUCUGGCCAACGACAUUCAGCUCCUGACCUACGGCACUCUGGCUGGAGGUCUUCUGUCAGGGUGUUAUCUGGGGAAGGCAGAGCCUAAAUCAAGUGCAGAGCUCUACACCGCCUCCCUUUCGAAGUACAAGGAGAUGAUUGACACCUGGGGAGGGUGGAGCCUUUUCCAGGACCUCCUUUACACGCUGGAGGCUGUUGCGAAGGUGCACAACUGCUCGCUGGCCAGUGUGGCCACACGUUACGUGUUGGACCGCCCCGCAGUGGGCGGGGUCAUUGUUGGCUGUCGGCUCGGUGUUGCGGGGGCGGGGCAGCACAUCAGUGACAGCCUAAGUAGCUGCAGCAUUGAACUCAAGCUGACGUCAGAUGAGCUGGCCACCAUUGAAGCAGUGACGCGACGAUCCAGGAACCUCAUGGAGCUCAUCGGAGACUGUGGGGACGAGUACAGGAAGUGACAAUGGAGGAGGGACUGAAGGGGAGAGGAGUGGAAUAAUGUCAACUCCUCACCCUGCAGUGCACUAAUCAUGUUUUGGAAAAUGUGUAGCUGCCAAUUCAGAUUUGGUGGUGAUUUGGAUCCCGAAGCUGCCUUGAAGUUCCGACAGUCUGCAGGAUCCCAGUGUUUGACCAGAUCUUUGACCUUUAGGUCGUAAAUCAGGGGGCCCAACCCUUUGAUGUGACAUAAGGUGGGUUAGUUUUCUCUCUUGUGUUAUAUAUCACUUUGUACAUUUUAAGAGUUUACAUUAAUGUCAUUAUUCUAUCCAGAAUAAUUUUAUUUAUAAAGCAAAUCCAUAAGUGAAACCAGCUUUUCAUUUCAAGACCUCUGCCUCAUCGCUGGACCACUAUAUCCUGUCAAGGUAAAUAAUCUUUCUCUACAGCAGGGGCAGAGCGCACAAAGACAGAAGUACUGGCUCAUUGGCUGUGAUUGGGUGUGUGAUCGCCUUUGAUUUUAUUAGAAGCUCUGGCGGUGUUUAAACUCAAAAUCGGCUUGAUAGUAGCUGGGAGCA